GCAGAUUUUCUACCUAUAGUAAUAUGGAGGGAUCAUCGAGAAAGGCUACUAGUAAAAAGAAAUCAGAUCUACCAAACUAUAUCAUUGGUAAAACACUUGGGCAUGGAUCCUUUGCAAAAGUGAAAUUAGCGGUGCAUGUAGCUACUGGGCAAAACGUUGCUAUCAAAAUCUUUGAUCGUCUUAAGAUUAAGAAAAUGGACGUAGACAUCAAAGUUAUAGAGACGCCUGAUAACAUUUAUGUUGUGAUGGAAUAUGUUAAGUCUGGAGAAUUAUUUGAUUACAUUGUAAAAAACGGUAGAUUACAAGAAGACAAGGCUCGUCAUCUUUUUCAACAGCUCAUAUCUGGUGUGGAGUAUUGUCAUCACAAUAGAAUUGUUCAUAGAGAUCUUAAGCCAGAGAAUGUACUUUUGGAUUCAAAAUGCAACAUAAAAAUUGUUGACUUUGGAUUGAGUAAUGUCAUGCAAGAUGGUCACUUCUUUAAAACAAGUUGUGGAAGCCCUAAUUAUGCUGCUCCAGAGGUUGUUUCAGGAAAACAUUAUUCUGGACCAGAAGUAGAUAUUUGGAGUUGCGGAGUGAUAUUAUAUGCUCUCUUAUGUGGUACUCUUCCUUUCAGCGACGAAAAUAUGCCUAGUCUAUUCGAUAAAAUAAAGAGAGGAAUAUAUAUUCUUCCAGAUCAUUUAUCACCUCUUGCUAGAGAUUUGAUAUCGAGGAUGCUAAUGGUGGAUCCUCUGAUGAGAAUUAGCAUUGCUGAGAUUCGUCAUCAUCAUUGGUUCAAUAAUGAUCUUCCUCCUUAUCUUACUAUUCAUCCAUUAGAUACUAUAGAACAAGCUAAAAAGAUUGAUGAGGAGAUCAUUCAAAAAGUAGUUAACAUAGGAUUUGAUAGAUACCAAGUUGUUGCAUCUCUUGUCAAUAGAGUCCAAAAUGAGGCUACCGUUGCAUACCAUCUACUAUUGGACGACCAAAAUCGAAAGUGUGUUCCUAAUGACCAUUCUCAAUCCAAGUUUAAAGAGAUAUCGGAUGGCAUUCAUAUGAGAUUUCAUUCACCCCCAAAAGAUGGUAUAUUUAAUUCGAUACUUCCAAUUGAUCAAGGGAUUGCUUCAAAUGUUGGACAUCCGUUUCCUGCAUUGACUGGACUAAGAUCACACUUCCAAGAUAAUAGAAGUUGGACCCUUGGACUUCGGUCUCAAGGGAGGCCUUGUGAAAUCAUGAGUGAAGUUUUUAAGGCUCUUCAAAAUCUAAAAAUAUGCUGGAAAAAGAUUGGACUCUACAAUAUAAAAUGCAAAUGGGUUCGAAGCUUUGCAAACUACAAGAAUCAAAAUCAAAGGAAUAUUGUCCUCAAAGAUGAAUCUAACAUGAUUGAGGAUAAAUGUUCUAUGGUCUUACCAACUGUCAUCAAAUUUGAACUUCAGCUAUACAAAGUAAGUGAGGGCAAGUACUUGCUGGACAUCCAGAGAGUUGAUGGACCUCAGUUUAUCUUCUUAGAUCUAUGUGCUGAUUUUCUCACAGAGCUAGAAGAUGUAAUUGCUGUUAUAGCUCGUUUUGUAUCUCCAAGAGACAUUUGUAAUCUAAGCUUAUGCUGCAAAAGUCUCUGUGAGGUUUUUGAUUCAGAAAGGAUAUGGCUUGUGCAAUGUGAAGUAGUAAAGGUUCUUCCUUUAUUUGAAAUGAUCCAAUGGCGAAUCGGGGUCUCUUCUUAUAAGGCGCUUUGUCGGUUUCUUGGAGAGGUAAUGAAGCCUCUUGUUGGUGUUUGGGUUCACCAAAACCCUGAGCUUGGGAAUGUUGUUUAUGUAAUGCCUGGUUUUUUAUCCGUUGUUGGGUGUCGGGUAAUUCCACAAGAGGUUGGUCCUUUGGGGAUUGAGGAGGCUCGAGUUAUGUGGUCACCUGUGUUUGAGAUCAUCUGCGGUUUUGAUGGCUCCGCCAAGUUUUUCCUCCAUGGAAGAGACGGAAAACUACAUUGCUGCCUGCACCCUGGUUUUGUUAUGGGCAUUGAGAAGAGUUGUAAUGUGCUUUUACUUGAGGUUGAGACGAGGCGAGAGAAGGAGUUGUGCAGUGAGAUUGAGACUGUGUUGUUGGGAGAGACAGGGGUUCAGUUACCAUUUCGCAAACUACCCUUUAGUUAUAGAAGGAAUUUACUUCACAUAGUGACAAGCACUGUUGGUAUACCUGUACCUGAUCUAUCAAGUGAAAGGUUAUUUCCCACUUCGAAAGAUGAUGAAGCGGUGUUGUUGGAACGCAGAACCAUGCUAAUUAAAAUGCACAAGUUUGGUGGUGAUUGGAAUCACAUGAACCUGGAGGAUGAGUGUAUAAAUAUUCCAAAUCAGGUAGACAUAAACGAAUCGUGGAAGCAUCUUGGAUUUGAAGUCGAUAAUCGCAACAUGGACGCUGGGAAUCAGACACAAAGGAAGAGCUUUAGUAGGUAUUUCAGAAGUGGCAUAAAGCAUAUUCUCGGGAGGUCUAGUUCUUUAAAGAACACGUCUUCUUCAAGAAGUGAGACUAGACCUUGGAAUCUCCAAAAAUUUCUUAAUUUUGGUGAUUCCAUAGGUCUUAGUCUCAAAACGUCCAAUAUUAAGCUGUCUUCUUACCAAGGUUGGCCAAACAUGGACGAAACCCGUUAUGCCCUUUAUAAGCUACCGAUUAAGAAUCCCAUCGCUAGCGAAGAGUAUGCUGGCUUGUGGGGAGGAACUUUUGGCUGGCCACCAGGAAAAUGUACAGAAGAUAAACCCGGGAAGGCUCUUUUUUUACUGAUGCUCUCUUAUGAAGAAUCUCAAGAUGGUACUGAGAGACUUCUUAUAGGGACGAAAAUACUCGAAGGAACUCACUAUGCGAUGCAUCCUAAUGGAUCUGCAAUGUUUGUUAUAAAGAUUGAUUCACCUUCCUUUGAGCAUUUUCCUUUCGAUGCAAAUGGAGAAGAUUUUGAGCAUUCUUACGCAGGAGAAGGUACUGCAAAGGGUUAUGGUUUCCGGUAUCCUGGUUACAAACCGGGUACACUUUUCGUGACAUCUAAAGGUCUUCUCAUGUUUGUUUGGAAAGCAACUAAAGUUGUGUUGACAUUGCAAAGACUUGACCUUGGAGAGCUCUUAAGGAAAGGCGUGUGUGUAUCGCCUUUACCUCCAUGUUUGAAUUUUGCUUAUUUGACAAAAUCUCACACCAAUGUGUUUGCCCCUGAACGAAGAAGACCAUAGGAGAUUCCUGCAACAGAUUUGAAGCUCACAAGUCCUCUCUGUUUCCAAUAUAAUAAUCUCAUUAUC